AUGGUCAGGAAACUGAUGAAAGCCGUUAGCGGCCCGCCGAUACUAAGGCCGCUGGCAUACCUGCCAGUCGAAACGCGGCGGGAGACGCGGUUUCAUACCUACGGGUUGGCGGGAGUGGUACAGCACCGGCACUGCCUGUGCGCCUACGAACACGACCGGCCACUCAUUGAGACCAUAGACAAGGCGGCCGUCGAAAUGUGCGACACCAGCGAUGAGUACGUGCGGGUCUAUAGGGGACAAGUGAUGCACCCCAUCGUAGGCCUCACCAUCAAAGGCUCAACAGAAGAGGUGUCGAUCGACGAAGAGGUGAGCUUUGAGGUCAGUGUCGGCGGCGGCGAAGAAGUGGAGUAUUCACUGGACUUCGGCGACGGAACCGAUCCCACGGAAUGGAGCGCUGACCUCACAUCGAAGCACAAGUACUUCGUUCCCGGACUCUAUAUGGUGGCGGUGUUGGCCCGACAGCCUCAACACCUCAAUAGACGGGUGAUGUCCGAAGUGACGUACGUUAGAGUGACCGCCGAAUUGGUCAAUGAGAACAUACACUUCAAGUGCCCCAAAGUCGUCGAACCGGGAGAUCCGGCCCUCUGUAACCUCACCGUCAAUGCCGGGCAACAGAUGGAGAUGACUGUCGACUUCGGUGAUGGCUCGCCGGCGCUUCCCAUACCUCUGCCCGACGUACCGGUGCGGGCACUGGGCGUAAAUGUACCGCAAUAUAAGAACUCAAAGGUCACGUAUGGAACCGCUUUGAAAGCCGAAGAAUUGCUUAUAAUUCCUUUGGAUGAAAAGUCAUUGGAUUCUUCGGCAGCCAUUCAGGCACUGGAAGGCUAUGGGGCGGCCCCGGGAAAUAUGCAAGUGUUUAUCUUACGGAAGGUAUGUCCGGAAGGGGCCGAAUGCAGCGGACACGGCAUCACAUGCUUCGAGCCGUCGGCCCUUUGCGUACUAAACAAGGGCUGUUCGGACAGUUGUCAUCCCUUCCCACCCCAAAAGACCUCCUAUUCCAUAGUCAAGACAUUCACACUAACCAUAACUGAGGGCCACUUCUACCUGAAGUCGAGUUCAUCGUUCCGGAUGACGGCCGGGGAUGUGUUAGCUAUCCGUAGCGACGGCGCACAGUUAGCGUACCGGCCGGUUAAGAGUGGCGAGACUCCCGACUACAUCACCGAACACUCGGGCGACGGACCCAUCUCUUCGGACAACUUCCGCGAAGUCAAAGAAGUCAAACAUUUCAUCCGAGCCAUAGUUAGCGAACCGUUAGCACUGACCGUCCCUCACGAGUACGUGGACAGCGGGCACUAUGGCAUCAAACUGUCCGUUAAGAACCGAUGGACACCCAAAGACAUCACUCGCGAGAGCUCUAUCAACAUCCAGAGUACUAUCUCGAAGAUGAGACUUACGGUGAACCCACCGGACGCGUCGGUCGACCAGAGGGUAGACAUCACUAUUCAGUUGAAUAAGGGCUCAAAUAUUAAGGUGUUGUGGGAUUUCGGUGACGGAACGGUAGUCACAGAUCAGAUACCCGACAUCAAAUCGAGUCAAAGAUUUAUGAAGAGCUAUAAGUAUAGUCAGCCGGGUGUGUAUGACAUACGAGUAAAGGCUGAGAAUCUUCAGGGAGAGACAUCCACUCAUCACCAGCUGAUCGCUGAACACCCGGUCCACAAGAAUUGGAAAAUUGUGUCCAAUUCACCACAACUGUUGCCUGGAUAUGUGGACAUCAACUUCACAUAUCCUAUCGAUAAGAUAUUGCCCACCAAUGCUUCCACUAUCAUAGACUUCGGUGAUGGGAAGCGCGAGGUAUGGCCGGUGCCCGACACCGAGUGGGAGGGACUACAUGUGGUGCAACAUGAGUACGAAAAGCCCGGCAAAUACAACCGCGAGGUAUGGCCGGUGCCCGACACCGAGUGGGAGGGACUACAUGUGGUGCAACAUGAGUACGAAAAGCCCGGCAAAUACAACGUUAAAGUGAACAUGUCCAACAUUGUCUCGAAACAGAUCCGCAGAUUUCAGGUGGAUGUCUUGAGACGUAUCACUGGUCUGAAAACUGUGGCUAAGUAUCUGAAUCCGGACAGGGGUUAUGUGGGAGGCAUCGGUCAAAACGCCGAUUACUUCCCGAUUGACAGACAAAUCAACUUUACUUUCGCCACAAAAACAGGUGAUAUUGAGUACUAUGUCAUCGAAAUGAAUGGUCAGCCACUGAAGAACUCCACAGACAAUGUCACUUCGUUUAUAACUCAUGAGCCUGGAUUCUAUAACUUCACAUUCUAUGGCUAUAAUGCCAUUCAAAAGUCCAAUGCUUCCACUAUCAUAGACUUCGGUGAUGGGAAGCGCGAGGUAUGGCCGGUGCCCGACACCGAGUGGGAGGGACUACAUGUGGUGCAACAUGAGUACGAAAAGCCCGGCAAAUACAACGUUAAGGUCAACAUGUCCAACAUUGUCUCGAAACAGAUCCGCAGAUUUCAGGUGGAUGUCUUGAGACGUAUCACUGGUCUGAAAACUGUGGCUAAGUAUCUGAAUCCCGACAGGGGUUAUGUGGGAGGCAUCGGUCAAAACGCCGAUUACUUCCCGAUUGACAGACAAAUCAACUUUACAUUCGCCACAAAAACAGGUGAUAUUGAGUACUAUGUCAUCGAAAUGAAUGGUCAGCCACUGAAGAACUCCACAGACAAUGUCACUUCGUUUAUGACUCAUGAGCCUGGAUUCUAUAACUUCACAUUCUAUGGCUAUAAUGCCAUUCAAAAGAAGUCUAAAUCAUAUAGUCUUCCGAUAUAUCUGUUGGAACCGAUCGAAGGCCUGGAGGUCUACGACGUGUCCAACGAUACGGUAGAGCCGGAGAUCAAACGAUUUGUGGUUGAGUUCAACAAAAUGGGCACAAAUUCCUGUCUAAUCGUCGAUUACGGCCAAAACAAAGCUGAGAUCGAGGCGUUCGGCGACUCCCGGAGCUGUCGGCUGACGUUCCCCGACGUGAAGUACACUUUGAUGGGAAACCUAACGAAUCCAUUGGAGAUAUCGAAACAGUAUGAGAAGCCUAAGGACUAUCGACUGAAGUUUUCAGUGGCCAAUCAGAUAUCAAGCGCUGCCCGGGAUUAUGAGAAGCCUAAGGACUAUCGACUGAAGUUUUCAGUGGCCAAUCAGAUAUCAAGCGCUGCCCGGGAUGUGUCGGUCACUGUCAUCGAGAUCGAUUGCAAGCCUCCGCUCCUAAGUAUCCGAAACCGAGUGACGAAUUGGCGGAAAGGCAUUGAGUUCUGGAAGUCAAAGCCCAUCCAACUCUUCUCCAAGACCAUAGUCGACUGCAACGCCACGACAGUCGUCACCCGCGUGUGGGACGCCUAUAGGCUGGAGGAGGAGAACGGGACGGUAGCCGAACGGGUCGACCUGUCCGAGCUGGACUCGUACCGCAAGAGUUUUCUAUAUGUGCCGCCGUUUUUUCUACCGGACGGGUACUACAAGUUCCAGUACUCCAUUAACAUGACCAGCCCUGAGCCACACCCACUUCUACCGUUUUACGCGUCGGCCUAUACUUUCGUUAAAGUGGUUCGCAGUCCUAUCGCCGCACAGUUAGCCGAAGGGGCGCAGUCACGUGUCAUCAGGGGAUGGGGUCAGAGGAUCCGUUUCGCACCGGGAGAGUACUCUAGAGAUCCCGACGAUGAGAAUAACAAGAACUUUGAAAUUAAAUGGUUCUGCAGACGAGUACCCGAUGAGUACAUCAACGCUAACCUACCGGACGAGAGACAAAAUUUCUCGGAACCACUGUAUGAUCGCACCGGUAUUGACGAAGAAUGGGACGACAGCGACGGCGGCGGCUGUUUUGGCGGCGGACCCGGUAUAUCGAGAGCACCGGACUUAGUCUUCAGCGGAUAA